CUUUCUUACAAAAGAAAGGUUUAAUGUUUGCUUAAACCCUCGCAUUAUGGAAGUCUCCAACUCUCCCGUCACAGUCGCGCCACCGCUCUGCUGCGACCCUUCUCGUUCCGGCCAUCAAAGUCGUCCCGGUCCUGUGUACGGUACCAGAGAAGGAGACUUCCAAAUGCCAAACACAGGCAAGUACAUUCCCGCUUUCUGCAACAUUUACGUGUUGGACCCUGAUGCCCGCUUGAUUUCUAGCGACGAUCGUACGGCGCCAAUGCACCUCAACGACCGGACAACGCCAGUGCAGCGCGACCUCCCACCGAGCUGUAGCUAUCGCUACCAGCCACCGCCCCGUUGGCCAAUGGACCCUGCUGACCCGGGACGCACGAACCUACGCAUCAUGGAAGACCCCGACUCUCCCGUCACAGUCGUGCCACCGCUCUGCUGCGACUCAUCAUGUUCCGGUCAUCAAAGUCGUCCCGGCCCUGUGUACGGUACAAGAGAACGGGUCCUCCAAAUACCAGUCUCAGGUCGUACGACGCCAAUGCACCUCAACGACCGGACAACGCCAGUGCAGCGCGACCUCCCACCGAGCUGUAGCUAUCGCUACCAGCCACCGCCCCGUUGGCCAAUGGACCCUGCUGCCCCGGGACGCACGAACCUACGCAUCAUGGAAGACCCCGACUCUCCCGUCACAGUCGUGCCACCGCUCUGCUGCGACUCAUCAUGUUCCGGCCAUCAAAGUCGUCCCGGCCCUGUGUACGGUACAAGAGAAGGGGGCUUCCACAAUGCGCUCCCAGGCAUGUAUACGCGUUCUUCCGUUCAGUCGAUGCUCCCUGACGCUUCACAACCUUCCAGCUCUCAGCAUUUCUCUGGCGCACCGCUCACUCAACCUCGCUUGUUGGCUCGAGAUUCAUCGAGCACUCAGCAAUGCCAUCUUUAUUAUCAGAACGCUGGGGGCAUGAAUGGCAACAUCGACGACUACCUACACGCCAGCUCAGGAGAAUGCUUCGAUUUCAUCGCCUUGGCGGAAACUUGGCUUAAGGAGAACACGCUUUCCUCGCAGAUCUUCGGACCGAAUUACGAAGUAUUUCGCUGUAAUCGCGGACCAGACAACAGCAGGAAAACGGACGGAGGAGGUGUCCUUAUCGCUGCACGCCGAUGUUUCAAGCCACGCCGGAUUUCCAAAGGUGCUUGGAAGGCGGUCGAGCAGGUAUGGGUGUCUUUGAAGCUGUCGGACCGUGUCCUAUACCUCUGUGUGGUCUACUUCCCUCCGGAUCGUAUCUACGACAAGGACCUGUACAAGACCCACCUCGAUUCCGUAGCGUCUAUCGCAGAACGAACGCGCCCGAUGGACGAAAUCAUCAUCGUUGGUGACUUUAACCUGCCUAAAUUGACCUGGACACCUUCUCACAACGGAUUCUUUUACCCGGAUCCUGAUCGCUCUCAAUUCCACCCUUGUGCACGUGACCUUCUCGCUGGUUACAACUUGGCUACCCUGCAGCAAGUCAACCAUGUCGAGAACGAAGACGGUCGCCGACUCGAUCUUUGCUUUGUAAGCGCACAAGAUUUCGCCCCAGCGCUAAUCGUUGCCCCGGCUCCGCUCGCUAAGAUCGUCCAUCGCCAUCCCGCGCGUGGUCACCAUAGACGGCCGUCACAGCUCUAUGGCUCGAGAUCGACCGGACACUACAUCGACGAAGACACCAUCUCAGCAGCAGUGACCAAACUGAAGCACUCUAGCUCCCCAGGUCCGGACGGGAUCCCCUCGACACUGCUAAAGCGAUGCUCAUCGGUGCUUUUAGCGCCCCUGCUGCACCUGUUUCGUCUUUCUCUCGCAUCCGGAAAGUUCCCGCGUGCCUGGAAGCUGGCUUUCAUAUUUCCAGUGCACAAAAAAGGCGACCGGAGAAACAUCGAGAACUACAGAGAUUUGUCGGCUGCGUUUGACAAGAUCAACCACAGUAUAGCCAUCGCCAAACUUGAGAAGCUCGGAUUCUGUGGUAGUCUGCUGGCAUGGUUUGGGUCGUAUCUUUCGGGACGCUCGUUGCGGGUAAAAAUCUAUGACGCGCUUUCCGAAAGCUUCGAUUCCACCUCUGGUAUAGCUCAAGGCAGUCACAUCGGUCCGCUGGUGUUCUUGUUCUACUUCAACGACGCCAAUUUUACCCUGAGCGGACCCCGACUUUCCUAUGCGGAUGAUCUCAAGCUGUUCGCCAAGAUCGACUGUCUUGAAGAUGCCGAAGCCCUGCAACGCGAUCUGGACAAGUUUGCUGGUUGGUGUGAGGCGAACUGCAUGAUCCUAAACCCCGAAAAUUGCCAAGUGAUCACCUUUAGCCGGAAGCACACUGCAGUUCUCUACAACUACAACCUGGGCGACACGCUGGUGCAACGAGUUGAUCACGUCAAGGAUCUUGGUGUCAUACUGGAUUCAAAACUAACUUUUAAGCAGCACAUUUCCUUCAUUACUGCCAAAGCAUCCCGACAGCUCGGCCUGGUGAUCCGUAUGACUCGCCACUUCACCGACAUCCACUGCCUGAAAACGCUGUUUUGCUCGCUGGUCAGGUCAUCACUUGUAUACUGCUCGUCGGUUUGGAAUCCUCACUACAACAAUGCGGUGUACCGGCUCGAGAGUAUACAAAGAAGGUUCGUCAGAUACGCCUUGAGAUUACUGCCUUGGAGAGAUCCCCAUCAGCUGCCGCCCUACGAAGACCGCUGCCAGCUCAUGCAUCUGGACACCCUCCAGCUGCGUCGUGAUCUGGCCCGUGCAUUGACUGUGUCAGACGUAUUGACAGACAGAAUUGACUGCCCUUCUCUCCGAGAAAAGAUCAGCUUGACCGCACCUGCCCGCCAGCUACGUCACACGCCAAUCAUGCAGAUUCCUUUCCGCCGUACCAAUUACAGUGCCAACGGAGCUAUCAUCGGACUUAAGCGGUCCUUCAAUAAAGUGUCCAAUGUUUUUGAUACAAUACUGACCAUGGAUUUUGUACCACCGGGGAUGUUCCGGAUUGAGUGGGCAGGUUCCCUACCCCGGGGGAACCGGUAA